AUUAGAAAUAUAAUGGAUUUUGAUUUAUAAAUUCUUGCUCGUACUCAUUUCUAAGGUGAUGGUGGUGAUUGAAAUUAGAAACUAACUUGUAAAAAAAACAGGGUAAUUAGAAGCAUUACCAAGUAUUAGAAGCAAACUUCACACAUAAGAUAAGCCCUUGGACUAGACAAGCCCUAGGGAUCGGUUCAAUCAAAGCUUACCUUAAGCUAAACUUUUCCGAGAUUGAUCUAGAGUCAAAGGUAAAUCCAAAACGAGCUUAGAGAUUAAUCGACUAAUAUACACAUAGAUCAGCCUAAUAGAGAUAGUCUCACUAUGGGACCGUCUCAUACAAGAAUUUGUAAAACUCUUUUAGUUUCACCGUAAAAUCCCAAUUCAAUAUUAUUAAAACAAAACUAGAAUCCAAACUGAAACUCAAACCGCAAAGUUUAGAGUUCAAGUAUGCGCCUACCCUAACACCAUUCAAUUAACCACCCGAAUAGGCAGUACAUUUAGUUAGAACACAAAUAUGUGGAAGUAAAGAAAAACUAUGACCACACUACAAAUGACCCACAAAGACAGCCAAUGUGUUAUGUAGCAGAAGGAUUGCUUGUUUCGCUAUCUCGUCUCGUCUCGGUUCAUCAGCAGCCAAAUAAUGAUACAAUGAAUUCAUCAAACCAGGACCACCCACCUUUUGUUAGCUUUUCAUAAUAGUAACCAGAUCAAAAAGCUUCUCUACAGUCUAUAUUGCACCUCUUAAUGUUAACAACACGAAAACGACUUGCUAACUUGAGUACAAAAACACGAUGCUAAGUACAAGCACACAUUACAAAAUGCAAUUUUGUAUCGAAGUUGCAAGAUAUUCAAGAUCAUAACAAGAAAAGUCGGGGUAACAUGCAAUCUAAAGCUAAAAAUAGUGCGGGAAUUGAAAAGUUCAACAACUUUAUAUUCUAACCGAAACCUAUUUGUAGAUGGGGUUUCAAUCAUAUGUCCUCUCUUUUUCGACCCUAUCAUCGAGUCAAAAACCAUUCACUAGUAUAUCACAAGAUUAUAGAAAACGAGCAGCGAGGUCUUAGUGACGUCUACACAAUAAUCGACCGCUUAGGACCCCUUUUUUUGUGGGUCCCUACCCACAUAUAUAAAUGUUUCCCCGUAAAAAUUUAUAAUUUAAACCGUAGUAAUUUUUUUGAGUCUCUACUCUAUAGCGUAGUUUUCCGAAGCUUGUUUAAAUUUCUAUCCUCUCCAAUUGUGGUAUGGCUCUGACAACGAGACACGAUACAAAACAUAAUAAAAUAAUAGAUAAAGUUUACACGGUUGCGUGUCUUAUGGCAUACCAAAUCCCUUCAAAAUCACGUUAUGAACACGCAGUCACAAUAUCACAUAUCUCGAAAGGAAAAACAUAAAGUUCAACUUUGUCCAUGACUAGUAAAAAUGAAUUCACAUACCUAAAAUUUUCACUUUCCACAAUCGAAGAUGCAUGCACUUUCAUCGACGAGGUAAAAAAGGGUGCGCAUAGUCCAAUACUCAAAUGAAGUCGUCUCACAAAAACAAAGCCAUCCGAUGGUGAGUCUGCAAAAAAUCGAGCAAAAAUUACCUGCAACCAUAUUAGCCGUUGAGCGUAUUCAAAAGUAAAUACAGCUGAUAGAAGCAAAAAGAUGAAAAAGAUAUGUACAUAUACUCCACACAUGAGUAAGAAAGUUUCCUACGAUAACUGGUCCCAUUGGCUUUAGAUAAGCCAUCAUUAAAACCUUCCUAUUAACAUGAAAGUGACCAUAAUAAUACUUUUUCCAUGGCUGACUAUAUAUCUCCAAACAUGUCCUCUUAUGCAACACUCUAAAACAUAUUCAAUUCAUAAUAAUAAGUACUUCUUAAGUGUAGUUGUUUUCACUAAUUAAAACCGAAAAGAAAAAAUGAUGAUGAUGAUGAUGCACGGAGAACUCUCCCCGGAAGCAACAGAAGCUGAUAUCGAGUCCUUAAGUCCCGAAGAAGAGCUACCGACUAUGAAGAAGAGGAAGAGCAAGAACAAGCGGAGAUUUACGGACGAGCAAGUUAAAUCCCUCGAGACUAUUUUUGAAUCGGAAACAAAACUCGAGCCAAGAAAGAAGGUGCAAGUGGCUCGUGAGCUUGGGCUGCAGCCACGACAGGUGGCUAUUUGGUUUCAGAACAAGAGAGCUAGGUGGAAAUCAAAGGAAAUCGAAAAGAACUACCGAGUAUUGAAAGCUAACUACGAGAAUCUAAAAACCCGACUAGAAACUAUCAAGAAAGAGCGAGAAUCGUUGCAAGAACAGUUGCAGGAACUACGUAGCCUUUUAGGGAAAUCGCACGACAGAGACAGUGACAAGGGAUUUGUGCCCAACAGCCGAGAUAUAAGCAGAGGAAAUGGAGAAAUUUCUGCAGAAAUAAAAGUAACAUCAAGCAGCUUACAGGAUGAAAUGGACCACCAAGGGGCACUUUAUUCAGACGACGAUAAAAGUGGAAAUAUGGCCUAUUUGGGGCACGAAGAACUCGAACUUCUCAAAAUAAGUGAUAGUAUAGAUGGCUCAUACAUACCGCCAGCGAAAUGGUGCAAUCUUGAUGCCGGAAAUCUCUUUGACCCGACAAGUACUAGUUCCCACUGGUGGGAAUCCUGGACUUGAUGAUUCUACAAGAAAAACCGGCAAAAGAAAUGGAAGAUGUUAGAGAAACUUAUUUGGAUUUCAGCCAAUAUCGAAAAGUUUAGAUGGCGUUCAGAGAACACGAAAGAUCUUAAAAGGUAACAAGACACUAAUCACCCGAUCUGGUGAUGCCACUCGCGCGGAGAAAAAUAAGGCAUGAAUUUUAGAUGGUGAAAGCCAGUGUUUUGUGAUUUAUGUGAUUUCAUGAAUGUUUGAGCAUCUAUGUGUCUGAUUAGUUAUUAGUUAUUUGUAGAAAAUAUCGUAGAAAAUGAUGUAAAGAUUGUAAACUAGUGCAAUGAUGCUAUGAGAAUAAUUCACGAGAUCAGCAUGCAUCUUGCUAGUUUUCUACUAUGAAAACGGGAAAUUCAUCACGGAAGCAUCACAGAUAAAUCACUCAUCAGCACCAUUAUGUACACUGACACUGUAUAUUCACGGAAAACGAAAAUACAUCGUGAGAAUCGAUAAUAUGUACUUCAAACAUCACAGAUUUUAUUCGGAAACUUUAGUAAAACCAACAUCAUAUCUUUGAUUCACAAACAAAGAAGUAGAUGUGUACUUUAAACUAUACAUGAAUUUAUUUCUUAACUUAAGGGCAUCAACCAGAAAGCAUUUAGAAUUGUUUUCCUACCAUUAAAUCGUUUGUCAAGAUGCAUAAUUUAUAUUUCAACUAUUUCACCCUUCUAACAUACGGGCGUGCAAAUGGCUAGAAUCCCAAGUCGGCAAAGGCUAUAACUUAAAAUUAGCAACUACUAUAACACAAGAAUAGUAGUAUGCAAAACUUUCCUCAAAUACUAAGCUCAUGC